GCUGACCUUCUACCCAACAUCACACAGCUCAGAGUAAGGUAUUGACGAACACCUUGGAGUGUAAUACUUUUAAACACCUCUAUCGGCCACCGCUUCUGUAAUACGUCAACGACAUUCCAUCGUAUCAACGAACCACAACGGCAAUUGCACUUCCGGGCCUCCGACUCUCGACAAGCCGCCCCUUACUCUCGGUCUUGAGGACAUGAUUGUUCGACCUCAUCAUGGCUGACCAGGCCAGAGCAGCGGGGCGUGAGAGACCGCCACAGUCACCGCAGAACAUCAAGGUGGUGCGCUCGCAAAAGAUAGCCCAGGUGUCGCCGACCGACCCACGCCCGCCGCCCUCCGAGUACUAUGACGCAGCCGAAGCACAGGAGCGAACCCCCUUGAUACCACGCUCACAUACCCCGGGCCACCUCUCUUCGAGGAGCCAGGACCGCCGCAACAACAAGCCCGCCGACCUUGCCAUACGCCAGCGCUCACAAUCCUCGGCGGCCGCAAUCACCCCGUCCUCCUCAUCCGGCAUCACGUCGGCGCUCUCCACCCCGGCCGCCUCCUUCUCUGUGGCCUCGACAAAGACACCAACGCCUACCUCGACUCGACAACCCAGCAUUGCUGAGAAUGGUGAGCAGCAGGACUCAUCAGCCGGAAGCAGUAAGGAAAGUUCGCGGCGACCGACAGUUAUCCGUGCCACGUCGGCGAUAGCAGGUCGGCCCGCUGCGGGGUCGAUACCCGGCGCCGUAACCCGAGCGGGCACAUCAAGUCGUGCGGCGCCGGCAAAGGGUCCAGCAGCAGAGCCGGCGCACACUCUCUUCCCGCCACUAGCAGAUCCCAAGACGGCGCCAGACGUGCCCCCGGCGCCGUCGUCGGGCAUGUACUGGAGCCGGGUGGCCGUGUCCGGGGUUACGCACGCGGCGCGGCGGGCGCACACGGUGACGCUGGUCGGGUCCAACCUGUACGUGUUUGGUGGGUGCGACGCGCGGGCGUGCUUCAACGAGCUAUACGUGUUGGACGCCGACGCCUUUUACUGGUCGACGCCGCACGUCGUCGGCGAGGUGCCCAUGCCGCUGCGCGCCAUGACGUGCACGGCCGUGGGCAAGAAGCUUGUCAUUUUUGGCGGCGGCGACGGGCCGGCGUACUACAACGACGUGUACGUGCUGGACACGGUCAGCUUCCGUUGGUCCAAGCCGCGGAUCCUGGGCGACAAGGCGCCGUCCAAGCGCCGCGCGCACACGGCCUGUCUGUACAAGAACGGCAUCUACGUGUUUGGCGGCGGAGACGGGGCACAGGCGCUCAACGACAUCUGGCGGCUGGAUGUCAGCGACAUCAACAAGAUGUCGUGGAAACUCAUAUCCGGGGCGUCCUCGCCGGACGGGAGGCCGCCGGCCGCCGGCAAGGACACCCGCCCCAAGGCGCGGGGCUACCACACAGCGAAUAUGGUUGGCAGCAAGCUGAUCAUCUAUGGCGGCUCGGACGGCGUCGAGUGCUUCAACGACGUGUGGGUCUACAAUGUCGAGACGCACGUCUGGAAAUCCGUCCACAUACCCAUCACGUACCGGCGGCUGUCGCACACGGCUACCAUUGUCGGCUCGUAUCUGUUUGUGAUAGGAGGCCAUGAUGGGAACGAGUACUCCAACGACGUGCUGCUGUUGAACCUGGUCACCAUGACCUGGGAUAGGCGGAAGGUGUAUGGGCUGCCCCCGAGCGGCAGGGGCUAUCACGGCACCGUCCUGCAUGACAGCCGGUUGUUGAUGGUUGGCGGCUUUGACGGGAGCGAAGUGUUUGGCGAUGUGUGGUCCCUAGAGUUGGCCGUACACGCCUACUAUUCGCAGAUCAGCCAUUUCAAGAUAGAGGUCUAAGAUCGUCUCCCGUUUUCGGCUGGCAGGUGGUGUUCUGGUUGUUUAGACGCAAUAUCGAGGAGACCCAGGAUCUGGGAGGAUGGACAGUGAGGCACGCAAGCAUUGGUAUGAGCGAAAUACGGCGUCGCGGUUGGGACCUGGAAAAUGGAGAACGGAAGGGGUUGGCACCAACAUAGUGUUUCUUGGAAAUAGCUGCUUUCGAGCGUUCUAUGAUGACAUGACCAUCUACACACAGGGUUUUUGACAACACUCGUCUACGACACCAGUCUCCUGU